AUGGUCCUGUGUGGUCUCUCCAAGACAGAGAACCGCUUUGACCAUGUCGGCAUGUUUUUGAAGAUAAGCGAGGAUGAGCUCCGCAAGUACCCCGAGGCACGCAAGCGCGUCGAGGAGUUGUCGCCGUCAGGCACGUACGUGCUCGAGACGAACAUGCGUGGCAUCACACUGUACCCAGCGGAGGGGCGAGUGCGGCGCACAUCUGCCAAUGAGGUAGCCUGGCGCUCCGUCAACGUGGGAGACACCGAGAAGCAACAAGAGACGCAGGAGGCAUUUCUGGAGCAAAUGGAAUCCAUGUACAGCACUCCGUACGAAAAUGAGGUUUUUCAUCUUAUCCCCUCUAUCUGCAGUCCUCCAGACAAGAUGGACCGAGUACGAGCCGCGCACAAGUUCAACACACUUCGCCUCGAGGUGGCGGCCCUCACAGAAAUGGCCAAGACGCAUCCUUGCCAGGCGGAGGUCUACCGUGCCGUCGCGCGCAAGUACCGACACGCGCAGUCGUUUCUUCUCUCCACCUAUUUUCCCCACUUGGCCUCCACGUCGCCGACAGACGCACUUGCCGUGAACUGGAGCACCGGCCACUACUGGAUUGACGGGGUCAACAGCGCCCACAAGAUGGUCUGCUCCGAGCUCAUUUGCAACCUGUGGCAUCGUGUGGGUCUCACAGUCGGAUACGUGCCCGCAUCCUCCAUUCGCCCCUUCGACUUGCUCGAUAACGAGCGCUUCAACUUUGUCUCGUCGGCGAGUGAGCUCGGCGAAAUGGUGCCCAUUAGGAUAAGCAAGCCCUACGCGCGGUACUGGAAGGCGCCGAACGGAGGCGCGCCGGUGGCUACGCGGAAUGCCGAGGCUGCGCAGGCUGCCAUGACAGAGGACCAGCGCCUCAAAUUCUACAACGACGUCUUCACCAACAGUGGACGACCCCCGGUGGGGUCGUUGAGGGCCGCCGCCGCCUCCUCGGAGCCGCUUCCGUCUCGGUGGUUGGUGCAGUCGAACACGCGCAGCGACAUCAUUCCCAACUUGUGGUUCCGCAUCUUCUCCUCUGGUGUGCUGUUUGCCGCCUGCGCGGUGCCGUGCGCCCCUUUGACGCUGCGGUGGAUAGAGGGGCAGGCGGGACUGUUCUUGCUGCGUGGGAGCGUCUGGUCCGUCACCUGCGGCGUGUUUGCCCAGAACGUCUCGUUUGCCGCCGUGCAAGCCCUUGUCCUCGCAGCGGCAACGCGCCGCUGCAAUGUGAGUGGGGACGAGCUGGUCAUGGGCUCGCACACGCGCAGCAACCUCGUCGACACACGGCAUCCGUACUAUGACACGGUCGCCCUCUAUGGCCUCUCCGCCCUCGUGGCGCAUUUUGCAAUAACACCCUUGCGUAACGCCAACAUCUCCUACCACUUUGGCCCCGUGCUGCCCGGGCCCAUCUCGAUGCGCCGGCUGUGUAAGGGGAACUUUUUGCUCUCACCUGCCGCCGUUUUGUUGCCCUUUCAAGCCUGCUGGCUCUCCUGGUACGAGACGGCAGGGUCCUUCAUCGUGCCAACGCUAUCGUCUGUGUGGCGUCCUCGAGAGGACCUGCUCGCACGACCGGAGUGGCCGCACUACCGGAGCGAUGCCCUGAUCGGCGCCUAUGUCGCUACGCUCCUCACGGAUACAUUAUUCUACCCCAUUGCCACGUUGGCAACACGCCGAUUCAUGAGCGACCUAUAUAAGCCGCAAAGGUCGCCGAGCUUUGGACGGUCCCUCUACGCUGGCUACCGGUAUCGUCUUGUCAGCAACUUUGUCAUCCUCUUCACAUCCACCGCGUACCUGUACGGACUUGGAAGCAUCUAG